GAGAAAGGUAAAGAAACAACUAAACCACAGGAAACUGUAGAGCAAAGGAUCUGGGUGGGGCCAAUACUGCUGAGUGAGGCUGAUCUGUGUUCAUUCUCUUGGCUGGCGGUCGGUGCGUGUUCCCACUAUGGGAUCAGGAUGGCAGCACUGGCAGAGCUGGGCAGCGGGUGCUAGUGUGCCAGGGGGCAGAGCGGCACGCCUAUUGAGAAGCAGUGUGAUGGACACAAUGGGUGUGACAGACUUGCUGCAUCAACAGGCUUUUUGCUGCUGUGGCCAGAAAUAAACCAUAAAUACCCCGGCCGGCCUCCAACGACCGCUCGCCAGGCCUCCACACUCACACACGCCCUCACACCGAGACCAGCAGAAGAGACAGGAAAGAAAGGAAGGACACAGAGCGUGGCGUGUACACAGUGCAUUGAAGCACAGGCCAUCCAGAAGCAAAAUGACAGACCAGCAGGGGAACCCAGACCAGCUGCCUGCAGAGAAGGGCCAAGGAGGGACCGGAGCCACAUACAAGUUGGCAGUUUUUGAGUUGGAGAACUUUCGCGGAAAGAAGGUGGAGUUGUCUGGUGAAUGUAAAGACGUGUUGGAGAAGACGCAGAGAAUCGGUUCGGUCAUUGUGGAGUCCGGACCAUGGGUGGGGUUUGAGCGUCCAGGGUUUGCAGGAGAGCAGUUUGUGCUGGAGAAAGGAGAGUACCCUCGCUGGAGCACCUGGACCAACUGCCUGAGCAGCUACAGCCUGAGCUCCUUCAGGCCUCUGCACGUGGACAGUGCAGAUCACAAGCUGCACCUGUUUGAGAAUGCAGGCUUUGAAAGUAGAAAGAUGGAGAUUGUUGAUGAUGACGUCCCCAGUCUGUGGGCUCAUGGUUUCCAGGACCGCGUCGCCAGUGCCAAGGCUAUCAAUGGAACGUGGGUGGGAUACAUGUAUCCAGGCUACAGGGGGCGCCAGUAUGUGUUGGAGCGUGGAGAUUUCAAGCACUGGAACGAUUGGGGCGCCUCUGCACCUCAGAUCCAGUCCGUCCGACGUGUGCGGGACAUGCAGUGGCACAAGAGAGGGUGCUAUAUUGCUCCUGCUCCUGCCCCUACACCUCCCAAUCCCAAUCCCAAUCCCCCUCCCACUCCUGCUCCUGCUCCUGCUCCUGCUCCCAACCCCACUCCCAAUCCUAACCCUGCUCCUAACCCCAAAUCCCAAACUCAACCCUAACUUUAACAUCAGCACCUCCUGCACCAACUGGAGCAGGCUGAAGGCAGCUGGCCAGUCCCCAGUCUCUCCACUACGCCCACUGUUAGUCUAGAAUAUUUGACCCUGACAUUUUGAAAAACUGUAACUGACCACAACGAAACAUGUAAAUCUGUUGAAAAUAAAGGUUUUGGCCCUGAUUUUGGCUAUCCGCAAA